UCAAAGACGCGCUGCUGUCGUUCUCCAACCCAAUCGCCGCCUCCGCUAGCGUCGUCAUUCACACAAAGUUUCAUCGCGAUACGACGUGCGUCAAAAAAAGUUUCUCCAUAAAAAAAACAGAAAAAAUAAAACAAAACAAGAAUUACGUGUUAAUUUAUACACAAAGUGAAAAAAAUAACUAAUAAUAGUGUAAUUAAAUAAUAAUAAGUGAUAAUAAGUGUUAAUAUGUAAAUUAGAAUAAAUUUCGUGUAAAUUAAUUAAAUAAUUAAUUAAAUUUCUUACAAAUUGCAAUAAAAUAGUUCGGUUAGUUGUGGAAUUUCGCAAUUUUGAAGUGGACGUUUACAAUGCCUCUGGGAGCGUCCUGGCAGGACCUUUCGGACACAUUUUGGCGCCGAAUUAAUUGACCGCUAAUGCAGAGAUUGCCUAAUCAAGUCGCCGCCACGAUGGGCUAUGUAAACACCGGCCAGCACAGCGCCAUAAACAGUGACAGUGCACAGUGUCAAGACGGAUGUUAGUUUUUCGCACGCCACACCAUCUAUCACGUGGAUAUUCAUACAUUUACACGCAUUUUGUGCAAGUAUAGAACAAUGGAUGGACGAAUUCUACUCUUCCUGUUGAUCGCCUAUUGGACAAACGAUUACGGAUUAACGACCGUGGUUCUGUCGCAUUACGGCGGCCGUGAGCAUGGUCGUAGCCAAGGGGCGUCCGAGCACAGCGCCUAUUGGGAGCAGCCGUUCUCGCAGCCCUACUUUGACAACUCGUCCCGUCGUGAUGUCACAUCCACCGUGGGACAAACGGCGCAUCUGCACUGCCGUGUGCGCAACCUCGGCGAUCGUGCGGUGUCAUGGAUUCGUAAAAGGGACCUACAUAUAUUAACAGUGGGAAUAUUGACAUACACAAACGACCAGAGGUUCCAGUCAUUGCACACGGAUGGUUCUGACGAGUGGACGCUGAAGGUAGCUUCUCCACAGACCCGAGACAGCGGUGUCUAUGAGUGCCAGGUCAGCACCGAGCCCAAAAUCAGUCAAGCGUUCAAACUGAACGUUGUCGUCUCCAAGGCAAAGAUCCUUGGCAACGCCGAGCUGUAUAUCAAAAGCGGCAGCGACAUCAACCUCACCUGCAUAGUCCUGCAGACGCCUGACCCGCCCAGCUUCAUCUACUGGUAUCGCGGUGGUAAUGUGAUCAACUACUCCCAACGUGGUGGAAUUAGUGUUGUCACUGAGAAACAGACACGCACCAGCCGCCUGCUUAUCUCACGAGCACUGCCCACCGACAGCGGUAAUUACACCUGUUCGCCAUCGUCUUCAGACGCUGCGAGUGUCCUGGUGCAUGUGCUCAAUGGUGAGCAACCUGCGGCGAUGCAACACGGCAAUAAUAGCAGUUCGGCAACGAGCUGGACGCUCGAUUUGCUUCUCACCAUUCUCGUUCAGUGUCUGAUCUUCAAACGGUGAACACCAGGUGGACUCACGAUGUGUCCGGAUGCGCAAACAUAGCUCUCUAGCUAUUAAUAUUAUCUGUUGAAUGUUCACGACGAUUUGUCAUCAUAUCAUCAUGAUCCCCUUUUAUUAUUCUAUCAUUGUGAACAUUAUGAAUAACUUUUCUAUAAUAAGACCAUGAUAAUAACGAUAAAGAUUGCUAACCAAUAGCAACAAUUCCCCUUUAUAUAUAAUGUAUAUUUAGAUAAUGUGUAAAUACCCCAGUGAAGCGAAUGGAUAUUGAAUAACAAUUAUACUGGAAUGGCUUUCAUAUCGGCAGUACACUUAAAAUACUUUCUAUUCGUUUUAGAAUUUGUACUGAUUGUGAGUAAGACAUCUCUUUAAUAGCGUUGACGAAACUGAAAACAGAAAACCCUUACGUUCAUAAUCGCUAAUAAAUAAUUGUAACAUACUUAGUACACACCCCGAUUGGACUCUAAUACCAUUCAUAGAAGUAUUAUACUAGUCAAACAAUAAAUAUAAAUAACUACCGAAUAAUGUGUAUAAAUACUUAUAAGAUAUAUUAAUUAUAACACACUACAAUAAAGACGUAAAGUAUUAUACAGAUACGAGACUUUAUGGGUGUAAAGAGACGAUAUGCGAGAGAAAACUAUGAUUGAUUAACUGUGCUACAAGAUUAUUGAAUAAUUGUAAAUAGAAAUAAUAAUCGAUUUAACUAAUA